UGUGUAAGUGCGCAGUCCGUUAGACGCAGGUGUGUAAUAGCACACAUCUAUACCCAGAUCUAUCCUUUCAUCUGUUUUUUUUAUACAACAGAAAAAAACGAUCCCCAUCAUGUCCCAAGCACAAGCUGAAAGCGUUAUUAAAAAAAUAAUCCGAGAGAUUGUUCAGAAAUGCUCCCUGCAGGGUCAAGAUGUCUCUGAAACCCUCGCCGCCUUCAUGGUAAAAGCUGUCAUUUUAGACCCGAAGAAUCUCUUUAACGUCGAUCGACCUUUGACCAAAGAUGUGGAGAAACUGAUCGAGCUGUGUGUAAACAGAUUGCUGGACCAGAAGAGCCCAGCGCUGGACACCAUCAAAAUGCAGGUCCACUUCGAUAUGAACUACACGUCUCGACGCGAGUUUGUGGAGGAGCACCGGAAGGUUUCGCAGAUGUGCCUCCUGUCGGUGUGUCGGGAAAUCACGGACAGCAGAGCCAAGAGCCGGGACGAGCUGGACGCUCUUUACCGUGCUGUCGUCAUGUACGUGCUUCAGAGCUCCAGCCUCGGAUCCACCUCCGACCCCAACAACAUACAAGAAGCCACAGCCGCCCUGCAAAGUGUGUUCCCACCGUCUGAACUGGCCGCCUUCAUGUCCCUGUUGAAACAAGACAAAGUACAGCAGUUGGACGAACUUACCAUGAUCGUCACCGGGAUCCGCCUCUUCAACAAGAACAGAGGGAAAGGAGGACACAGCAUCGAGGACCUGCUGGCAGUCCUAAACCAGGCUCUUCCUGCUGCCAGCUCAGACAUAGAGGGUGAACUGGAGGGGACGCAGCGUCUGGCCUGGCAAUACACCUCUGCUCUGCUGGAAAGACGCCCCGUGGAGGACGGAGAUGCCAAACCCGACACGGAUCUUCUCAAGCAGGCUCUGUACAACUCCCGCCAACACGAAGCCUUCCUCAAACUCAUCCUGGCCGACGUGAUCACGUGCGCAAAGCAAGUGGAGGCGCUUCAAACCGACUUCUUGUCGAGGAUUAGCGUCCUGAAGGCCACAGUUCAGGCCAAAACUGCUGUCCCCGCCUCCCAAGUGUUCCCUCAUUUCAUGGAGGUAGCCAGGCUGUGGAUGGGGCUUCAGGAUGAGAUGGUCCUGCUGAGCAUGCUCAGGGAUGUGGCGCUGAGCUUGAGGCUAUUCCUGACAGAUCAUUCGCAGCUUCUGGAAAACACACAGCUGGAUCAGAUGCUGCAGGGCGUGACGGUCAAAUCCGACAUGGAAAGAAUAGCCGAGAGCUCAGAGGAGCGAGUGGAUCCAUCCGAGACGGAGUCGCACGAGUGGAUCCUGCCGAAGACAACGCAUAACUUUGAGCAACUCUUUCUUCAGUACAGGGGUGUGUGUGGAUACACUCUUGUGGAGAAGAACGGCCUUCUGCUACCAGGCAAUCCGAACAUCGGUGUCCUGAAGCACAGAGAGAAAUACUACAGCUUCAGCUCCAAGGAAGCCGCUCACCGGUUUGCCUCGAACGCAGACGAGUACAUCGAGCAGAUCUAUGAAAGAGCGAAAAGAUCUCCGGAGCUCAUUUUGCUGCUCGAGCUUCAUCAGGAGGUGCGUCCAGGCGAUCGGCUGGUGGUGAAAGCGGUCAGCAAACGCGAGAGCAGCACUCAGACCGACACACACCUGCUGGAGUGCAACAUCGUCCAGACGUACGAGUGGAACGAGUGGGAGCUGAGACGAAAAGCCAUCAAGCUGGCGAACCUGCGUGGUAAAAUGUCCCGCUCCAUGCAGACCGACCUGAGCCACAUGAGACGACACAACGCCUCUCAGACGUUUCCUUCGAAACACGUCGCCUGCCAGACGAAGAAGGACGGCCAGAGUCAUGUCCCCAAACCUGUAAUCUACCUGUCUGGCCUGAGAGGAAAAGGACGUCUAACCACUCACAUGAUCAAAAUAUGAUUGAAAUCAAUUUUAAUCCAAUUCUGUUUUUCUUUUUAAAAUAUUAACCUAUGUUUAAUGAAGUAUAGUGUAUUUUGGUUUAUUUUAGUGAUGUGCACCUCCAUGACUGAAACUCGAUGCAUAGCCAAUGAUACGAUACAUUAAAGAUACAUAUGAAGCAGCUACCAAACAGUUCAGACAAACAGCAAAUCAUCAAUUUGCUUAAGACUUCUAACGCAUGGCCCUUUCACGUGCCUUUUCCUGUUCUGUCUACAUGAAAAUACAGCUCUACCUCUACCAUGUUAAUCUCUGUUCUAUGUGACUCUCAGGACACGCCACAGUCUUUGUGUUGCGAUAUGUCAUAAUCAUUGGUCACUUUCUAAAUAAUAAAACGAUGCAUUAAUACUACUAAUAAUGAUAUAUAUAAAUAAAUAAAAUCGCAAAAAUGUUCAAAACUAUGCAAAUGCCAACUUGUAUCCACCCGAUGCACACUUUUUAUAAUCGAUGCCUCACAGCAAAAACUUUUAUGCCGAUGCACCUGGCUGAAUCCUACCAUCCCUAUUUCAUAUUUAUUACAUUGCUGAGAUUCUGGAUUUUGAUUUCAUAUUUAUGGAAGGAGUCUCCAGUUUCAGGACAGAGGAAUGGUGAAAAAAAAAGGAGGUCGCUGAGGAAAACGAAUAUUAAUGUAACUGUAAAUGGAUAA